CCCGGGGGGGGAGCCGCUCCGCUGCCGGCCCCAGGCGGCCGGGCGAGGCGGAGCGGGAGGCGGGCGGCGCUGAACGUGUGCUUGCCCCGCCAGAGCCUGCCCCUCAACCCCAAGCCGUUCCUGAACGGGCUGACGGGGAAGCCGGUGAUGGUGAAGCUGAAGUGGGGGAUGGAGUACAAGGGCUACCUCGUCUCCGUGGACGGCUACAUGAACAUGCAGCUUGCCAACACAGAGGAGUAUAUAGACGGUGCGUUGUCUGGACACCUGGGUGAAGUUUUGAUAAGGUGCAAUAAUGUUUUGUACAUCAGAGGUGUGGAAGAAGAAGAAGAAGAUGGAGAAAUGCGAGAAUAGGUGUUUUGUAUUUCUGGAAAUAAACUUUUUUUUUUUCGUUUUUGUUUUUCAUACUUUUGUAGUAAGGUGUUUACUUCAUUUCAAUUGUUUUAGUGUGGGAAAAAUUAACCAUUUAAAAGGUCUUUAAUAUUUUAUUGGUGUCUGAAAAACUAAUGCUGGAGAAACAACAGGUAAUUGUGAAAAGUGAGCAUUUAAAAAAUUACCAGCUAUCUUCCCAUCUGAAACACAGGAGGACUUGGCAGUCUUUAUAUCUUACAGUAUGUAUGUAGUGACUAUUUAAAUACAUGUCAUCUUUAAACCUGUUUUAUAAAACUUUUGGAAUUAGCUGGGAAGAUUUCAGUGCAAGUGAGGUGUGGAGAUCUGUUAUACCUCAGUUUCUCUGAGAAAUAUUCUGCUUUGAGUGAAGAAGCUUGAAGUGUGGCUGCAGGUCAUUAAGGAAGGACAAACUUGUAUCAACUUAGUAGCCAGCAGCCACCCAGACAGAAGCCUCCUGGCAGCCGUAGAGAUGCACAGACUUCAGUGGCAUUUACAGAGUUGAGACAAGAGACUGCAGAGUGGGAGUGCUCUUUGUGAGUCUCCGCUGAGGAAUGGAGAGGAUGCUGUGGUCCUCCUCAGGUGUUCUGUGUAACAGCUGCACAGGUUGUGGCUGCAGUAGGUGCAGGUGGAGUGCAGAUCUCCAGCCUUGUUCCCUGGGACCACACAUCCCUGCAGAGACAGUUGGAGUGGGCAGUGCUGGGUGCUCGGGGAUGCAGUGGGAUUGAACUCUGGUUGUGUGAACUGGGGAGGGACACCUGCCUGUCAGGAUAGAUCCUGCAGAGAAAUGUCUCCCUGUUUCUUUCUCAUGUUUUAAGUCAGCCCUGGAGCUAUCCAUGUGUUCCUUUAAUAUUUGUAAAUGUAAG